AUGGUUUCUUCCUGCUCGAAAUGGAUUAAACAUAUGUCCACGGACUGGCUCAAGAACCACUGUACUAGCAUCAAGAAAACCAAGCAAGCUCACGCAUUUCUCCUCCGUAACCAUCUCUUCGCUGAAAAUCGCGUCGUAAGCAAGCUCAUAUCCUUCCUUGCAAUAUCCGAAAUGGGGGAUCUAAAUUACGCCCACAAAAUCUUCACCCAGAUUGGAAACCCAGAUAUGUUCAUCUGGAACACCAUGAUCAGAGGCUACUCCAGGAAUGGCAAUCCAUCUGAGGCGAUCUCUUUUUUCUACUUCAUGAUUCGCUUUGGUGUUGCAGCCGAUAACUUCACCUACCCUUUUGUCUUAACAGCCUGUGCUCGCUCGUUGGCACCCGAAUUGGGUAGGAGAUUUCACGGUGAGAUUGUGAAGGUUGGACUCGAAUCCGAUGUGUUUGUGCUCAAUUCUUUGAUUCAGAUGUACGCUAACUGUGGUUAUUCCGAUGCCGCUCGGAGGUUGUUUGAUGGGAAUCCUCUACGAGAUGUUGUGACAUGGAAUGUCAUGAUCGGGGCGUAUAUCGAAAGAGGCUUUUAUGAGCAGGCUUUUACUUGGUUUGAAGAGCUAAUGAAAUCAGAUAAUGUUCAACCAGAUGCUGUGACAUUUCUCAGUUUGCUUUCAGCUUGUGCCAAAUCAGAUAACUUGGAACAAGGAAGAUUACUCCAUUCUUACACAAAAGAACUCGACCUGGAGAAGAACCUUCGAGUGGGGAAUGCAAUCCUUGAUAUGUACUGCAAAUGUGGGGAUUUGGAUUCUGCACGAGAGCUCUUUGAUAGGAUGCCCGAGAGGGAUGUGCUGACAUGGACUAGCAUGCUCUCUGGGUUAACGACCUCAGGUUGUUUCCAAGAGUCGCUGGUUUUCUUCGGGCAGAUGCAGUCAGAGAAGAUCCGACCAGAUGGGGUGACACUCGUGAGCGUGCUAUCAGCUUGUGCUCAGACAGGUGCACUGGACCAAGGCAAGUAUAUCCAUAUCUUAAUUGACAAGUACAGAAUAGACCAUGACAUCAUUCUCGAUACAGCCCUUGUUGACAUGUACGCCAAGUGCGGGAGCAUAGAUUUUGCCCUCCAGGUAUUCAACAAUAUGAGAGUAAGAAAUGUAUUCACAUGGAACACAAUGAUCGGAGGGCUGGCAAUGCAUGGUCAUGGCCUUCAGGCGAUGGCGCUUUUCCAGCAGAUGAAGCAUGAAGGGGUGGUAAUGCCUGAUGACGUGACCUUCAUUGGAUUGUUAUGUGCAUGCAGCCAUGCAGGAUUGGUCGAUGAGGGCAUUAAGAUCUUCAAAUCAAUGAAAGAGGUCUAUCACAUUCAACCAAGGAUGGAACACUAUGGAUGUAUGGUUGAUUUGUUAUGUAGGGCUGGGCUCGUCAGCGAUGCUUUGUCCUUCAUAGAGGAUAUGCCCAUCAAGGCUAGUGCAGCCUUGUGGGCUACUCUUCUUGGCGCUUGUAGAAGUGCAAGGCACUUUGAGCUUGCAGACAAAGUGGGUAAGCGCAUAAUCGAAUUAGAACCUGAUUCUUGUGGACGUUAUGUGCAGUUAUCAAAUCUCUAUGCUGGUUUUCACCAAUGGGAUGCUGCGCUGAAAAUAAGGAACCAGAUGACAUUGAAAGGGAUAGAGAAAACCCCAGGCUGCAGUUGGAUUGAGAUGAAUGGUAUGAUUCAUCAGUUUGUUGCAGGUGAUAGGUCACACCAUCAAACUAGGGAGAUAUAUAUGAUGGUGGAAGAGAUGUGUCAGAGGGUCAAGUUGGUUGGUAGCCAUGUCCCGAGCACCACGGAGGUCUUGUUUGAUAUAGAAGAGGAAGAGAAAGAAAAUUCUCUCUUCUUACACAGUGAAAAGCUGGCUAUUGCUUUUGGCUUAAUAAACACUACCCCUGGUUCACCAAUUCGGAUUGUGAAGAACCUACGGGUUUGCAAGGAUUGCCAUUCUUUUGUGAAGGUCAUCUCCAAGGCAUUUAAUCGGGAGAUAAUAGCAAGGGACAGGAGUCGCUUUCAUCAUUUCAGAGAGGGUUCAUGUUCGUGCAAGGAUUUCUGGUAA